CUCCUUAAUUGCUCCAACACUUCAGAAAUUCCCAGGGUUUUAGGAGCUGUGUGCUAGAUGGCUCAAAGACCAAAUAUCUAUUUUUUACUGUAAAUCACAAUAUCACAGGAGAAGAAAGGGGGAAGAAAAGUCUUUUUGAUUCAGCAGCCUACUCUACACCAUCAGUCCUGGUGCACUGAGUGUUUUAGUUGCGUUUACUCACAAAGCAAGGUUCGUUGAAUGUUGUAUGAUCCAAGGUCAGGGCCAUGGAGAAGUUAGCUGGAACUCUAAUCUCUGGCAGGACAUCUACUCUCAAGAGAAGAAGCAGUACUUAAACUACCUAAAUAAUCCAACCCACACACUGGAGUCCACUGGAGUCCAUUGACUCAGCAGGUGGAAGCUGCUCUGAUCAAGAGUGUGGAUAUGCCAGGCACUGCAUGUUCUACCUUCUGCUGCCCCCCUGUCCUGUCCACAGUGAGGUAGCUUCCCACUUCAUGCACCACCUCCUUCAAGCGAGAAGCAAUGCUAACUCCAUGGAUUCUCUGCUUAUAGGCAUAGUAGUGACCGCCAUCAAAGGUAGAUGAUGAGACCUAGAGCAGCCACAAGGCCUGCUAAGGCAGCCACAGCCACUACAGUUUUAAAAGCAACAUAUCCAGCAGCCCUGUGCCCUUUUGAGUCCACACCAUCUAGGAAGGAAGCAGACAUUAAAGUCUUAGGACUUUUGAUUUAAAUGAUCUUAAGUUGAAGCCUUGAGGCUCCCCAGAGAGAUUGUGGAUCCUGCAUGCUCAUGGGUUUCUUCUGUUUGCAUAACUGGACAGCUGAUCUGAUACAUGAAAGCCUUAUGUCUUGAAGCAGCAUUGUUGUCCGUGAGUCUGAUGGCCAUCUGAUGCUGGCCAAGCUGUGUGCAAAUGGCAUAGUAAGAACAGCAUACCUGGGAAGAUGGGAUUCACCAACUGCAUAACACCUACUGAGUUCACUGAAGUCACAAGGAUGAAGAAUAAAGAAAGUGACCUGUAGGUGCUGAAAAGGGAUUGGGGAGAGUUAAGAAGGAAUGAAUUUCAGCAGAUAAGGCCAUUGUGUCCCCUCCCUCUGCUGCCAAGAUUACUCACCUCCAAUCUGCACUAAACCAGCUUGAGGGACUCCCACUGUCUCCUUUCUGUUUGCAUGCCAUGGCCAAACGUACCACCAAAUCAGCCAGAGGGGAUCCCAAUAGAUGUGACAUCUGGGGAAAUACUCCUCUACAUUAUGCAGCUUCCAAUGGUCAUACCCACUGUGUUUCAUUCCUGGUUAACUUUGGUGCCAACAUUUUUGCCCUGGACAACAGCUUACAGUCUCCGCUGGAUGCGGCUGCCAGCAGAGAACAAAAUGAAUGUGUUGCUCUCCUGGAUAAGGCUGCCACUACCCAGAAUAUCAUGAACCCCAAGAAAGUUACCAGGCUGAAGGAGCAGGCUCAGAAAAAUGCUAGGAGGCAGAUCAAAGAAUGUGAGAGGCUCCAGGAGAAGCACCAAAAUAAAAUGGCUCGCAACUAUAGCAAGGAAGAAUCUGGGACUCUUUCUUCUUCCAAUGGCACAUUCUCCAGGUCAUCCCUUGCAAAUGCUUCUGCUUCUGGUACAUUUGGGUCACUGUCUAAGGGCAUUAAAGAUACCUUCAAGUUAAAGCUCAAGAAGAACAAAGAUACAGCAGAGCAGGUAGGGAAAGAGAGCAGAAGUGGGCAGAGGAAUGUGAUGGAAGUGUUCAGAGAAGAGGAAGAAGAUGCAUUCUCAGGGGACUUCCAAGAGAAGCCCCAGUUCUCAGCAGAGGAUGAUGGAUGUGUGCAACAUGAAUCCAUUCUCAACCGUCCAGGUCUAGGAAAUAUUGUUUUUAGAAAGAACAAAAUAUCAAGUCCCGAAGACAUGUCAGACAUCAAAAGGGGGUUGGAGUUUAAAAUGUGCAGUGAAUUGCUUCAGGGACAAGGAGCAGCUGAGGUUGAUGAAGCUGAGGCAGAUAAAGAGGGAGAGGAAAACAAUCAUGACGAUGAUCUGCCUUGGGAUGAGGAUGAAGUGGGGUGGGAGGAAGAUGUGGUUGAUGCUACUCCUCUGGAAGUAUUUCUGCAGUCUCAUCAUCUGGAAGAAUUCCUUCCCAUUUUCAUGAGAGAGCAGAUUGAUCUAGAAGCUUUGCUGCUUUGUUCUGAUGAGGACCUUCAGGGUAUACACAUGCAUCUUGGUCCCAGGAAGAAAGUUCUUAAUGUCAUAAACAGAAGGAAGCAGGUGCUACGAGAGCCUGGGCAACUGGUUGACACCAGCCUCUGAUGGAAUGUUGGGUCCACGGGGUGAGCCUGCAGCAAUGCGGUGAUGCUGUGGCUCACUGGAAACACUCAGGCAACACCCCCUCUGCCCAAUGCCAGACUACUGAGAAUGGUUUCUAGGGUUUCAGAAAUACCCUCCUAGCAAAGAGGCCCAAAUGUACUCAGAAAUACUCUAAACCGUGAGUGAGCAACUCAAGGAGAAUCAGGAAUAAGAAAAUGGUGUUUCUCUUCAAUUAUCCUUUUGAUAUUCUUGGCUAUAGAAAGCAUAAAAUGGAUGACAGAGAAGGGGAAACUUUAGUUUUCCAACUCUGAACUAUAAUCUCUUGUCACACAAGUGUGCUGCUGACUUUCUGAGCUUCAUAGCCUAGGGGACUCCCAACUCUAGUCAUCUCCUUAGCUCUGUGACUUUGUAGGUAGAGACUUGAGUUUCUUCAUUGACCUGAGGCUUCACGGCCAACUUUAAUGUGUCUAAACCCUCAACAGAUGUUUACAUGUUUAGAAGUAAGAGACAUGGGUCUAUAAUACUUCUGCCUGGUGACAGAGACAGAGUGGGAGCAGGGAGAGUGAAGAAAGAAAUAGAAUAUGGAAUAUACCUUUUAUGUAAUAUGAAUUGUAUCUCCCCAAAAUUCAUAUGCUGAAGCCUUAAGCCCCAACACAGCUAUAUUUGGAGGUAGGAUCUUUAAAGAGGUGAUUAAGAUUAAAUGAUGUCAUCAGGGUUACAAGGGACACACACAGAUGGUGUCCUUGUAAGAGGAAGAGUUACUGGGUUUGCGCACACACACAGAGAAAAGAUCAUGUGAGGACACAACAAGAAGGGAGCCACCUUCAAGCCAAAGAGAGAGGAGAAACCAAACCUUCCAACACCUUGAACUUGCACUUCCGGUCUUCAGAGCUGUAAGAAAAUAAAUUUCUGUUGUUUAAGCCA